AUGCGUACGAGCAACACGAGAAUGCCGUUAGCGGCGGAGGCUGAGGCUGAGGCUGAGGUGGGGCGGUUCUCACGGGGUCGCAGAAUGCGAGCGAUCCGCGCGGUUCUCACAGGCGCGCGAUCGUCCGCGAUAAGCGCGAUAAAUUUAAUUAAGGACCGACGCCGCCUCCUCGACGACGAACCCGUGUCCACGACCUUACACGCAGAUUGGGCUCUUGAAGAAAAUAAUACAAAAUCCCAACUGGAUCAC